UUAAAAAUUGAGAAACCUUCUAGUAAUGUUACGUUAAAAAUUCAUUGUAUUGAGUCAUUCAUUUGUUUUAGUAUAUAAACAUUUAAUAAUUUAUGUAAGUCAUUUGUUUUAGUCAAACGUGUUAGUAAGCAUUACUAGAUCGUAUUUGUAACGCAAUAUUUAGCAAUAAUGGAACUACCAAAUUUAGGAAAACAGUGCUUGGAACGUACUUGUAAUAAAUUAGAUUUUCUUCCAAUGAAAUGUGAUGCAUGCGCUCAAAUAUUCUGCAACGAACAUUACACUUAUUCUAAACAUAACUGCCCAUCAGCAUAUAAAAAAGAUGUUCAAGUGCCUAUUUGUCCCUUAUGCAAUACAUUGAUACCUAUUGCACGAGGAAUGUUACCUGAUAUCGUAGUUGGAGCCCACAUAGAUAAUGAUUGCCAAUCGGAUCCAGCAAAAACUAGACGAAAAGCAUAUGUUAAUAAAUGUUCCAGUAAAGGAUGUAAAAUAAAAGAAAUUGUGCCCGUGUUAUGUCAAGAGUGUAAAUUAAAUUAUUGUUUGAAACAUCGCCAUCCAGCCGAUCAUAAAUGUGAAGGAAAAGCUGCAGCACAACGAAAAGCAGGUGCUGCUGCAUUGGAGCGACAUUCGUAUAAGAGUAAAGCUCCUAGUCCAGCCACGGUUCAAGGAAAUCUUUCAGAAGACGAAGCUUUAGCCCGAGCGUUAGCUUUAUCGAUGCAAGAAAAUAGUGGAAUGACCCAAGAAGAAAGUGAUCGUGCAUUAGCAAAAGCUUUACAAGAAUCUGAACGAAAUAGUAGGAGUGUAAAUAAUCGUCAACAAGUUCGAAACGGUGAUAGAUGUAAUUUAUCGUGAAUUCCUAAAAAAAAUAAUUUUUAAGCUA